CACCGGAGGAAAGCUUGGUUCGAGAUCCAGGAAGGGUGUCUGAGCCGACCUGAUUGCCACGGUUAUCUGCGUACAAAAGUGUACCGGCUCCAGUUCUCACGAACCCGAUGUCGUCCUUUGUCAGCUCAAACAAGGGUUUUCUCCAUUCUUAUAUGAGGGUCGGUCCCGCCUCUCCAGACUCUCCAGACUCUAGAUCUCUCUCCCACAACUCCCAUCCGACCUUUCAGUCUGGCGCAAGAUUGAAAAUCUGGAGUCGGUGAAAUUCUGUCGCUCAUUACGCCGAGUUAUCUAAUCGACGCUUGGUUGCUUGAUCACCAUACAAUAUUGUGGACACUUGAAGAACGCACAUACCGGCUCCGUUCAUCACGUCCGGAACAGAAUUCAAGAUGGCAUCAACGACAACGCCGUCAUAUAUGGGCCUUCGGGGCCGGCCGCUCUCUACGGCCGUGAGUAUCGUCGCAACCACCGGUUUCCUGCUAUUCGGUUACGACCAAGGAGUUAUGAGCGGAAUUAUCGGCUCUGACCACUUCGCAAAUGUAUUCACGGAAGUAAGGAAUGACGCGACCAUGCAAGGUCUCGUUACUGCUAUCUACGAAAUUGGAUGUCUCAUUGGCGCUAUGUUCAUUCUGGGUGUUGGCGACGUGUUGGGUCGACGGAAAGCCAUGAUCAUUGGAGGAAUCAUCAUGAUCAUCGGAGCCACCAUCCAAGUCACUUCAUUCCCUGGUCACGCGCCUCUCGCUCAGUUCAUCGUCGGCCGAGUGGUUACUGGUGUAGGAAACGGCAUUAACACUUCUACCAUUCCGACAUACCAAGCCGAAUGCAGUAAGACUUCCAACAGAGGUCUACUCAUCUGUAUCGAAGGUGGUAUCAUCGCAUUUGGUACUGUGAUCGCGUACUGGAUCGAUUAUGGCUGCAGCUAUGGUAGCGAGGAUCUUUCCUGGCGUUUCCCCAUUGCCUUCCAGACCAUCUUCGGUUUCGUCGUGUGCAUUUCCAUGGUGUUCCUGCCCGAAAGCCCGCGUUGGCUGCUCACUCAUGAGCGGUACGAGGAUGCUGAGCGAGUCAUCGCGGCCCUGCGAGGUUACGAGCUAGGCAGUGAAGAGACCGCGACGGAACGAGACAUCAUUUUGGACUCUAUCCGCGCCAGUGGUUUCGGUAGCCGCAAGAGCACUCCAGUUAAGGCACUUCUUACCGGUGGAAAGACUCAGCAUCUCCGACGUAUGUUGAUUGGCUCUAGCAGUCAGUUGAUGCAGCAGAUUGGUGGAUGCAACGCAGUCAUCUACUAUUUCCCUAUUCUCUUCGAGAAGCAAAUCACCGUCGGUGACCAGAACAUGGCUCUACUCAUGGGUGGUGUCAACAUGAUCGUAUACGCCAUCUUCGCCACCACCUCUUGGUUUAUCAUUGAACGAGUCGGUCGACGUAAGCUCUUCCUUUACGGAAGUAUUGGACAGUGCUUAUCCAUGGUUAUCACGUUCUCUUGCCUUAUUCCUGGCACUACUUCUGCCGCCAAGGGUGCCGCCGUUGGUCUCUUUACAUACAUCGCCUCAUUUGGAGCGACUUGGCUGCCGCUUCCGUGGUUGUACCCUGCUGAGAUCAACCCAAUUAAGACUCGUGCGAAGGCAAAUGCUACCUCGACAUGCACGAACUGGCUGUUCAACUUCUUGAUUGUCAUGGUUACGCCUGUCAUGAUUGCCAACAUCGGCUGGGGUACCUACCUGUUCUUUGCCGCUGUCAACGCCUGCUUCAUCCCCAUUAUCUACUUCUUCUACCCCGAGACCGCUAAGCGUUCGCUUGAGGAGAUUGAUAUCAUCUUCGCCAAGGGUUUCGUGGAGAAUAUUUCUUAUGUUCGUGCCGCCAAGGAGUUGCCCCUCCUUACCCCCGAGCAGGUCGAGCAGGAAGCUCUCAAGUAUGGUCUCAUUGACACUGCCGCGAGAGGUGCUGCACAUGCCGUUGGCCCUGCCGGCGUGGUAGAAGAGAAGGCUCUCAGCGAGAAGAGCGAGGAGGAGUCUGGAAGUCACGAGGAAGUUGAAAACUAAGAGUCCAAAUGGCUUGUAGUGCUUCUAUUUGAUACCAAUAACAUGGUUGAUCAUGACAAGAACUGGUUGCUUGAAUGUCACAACUUAAUUCGAGCUGCUAGAGCUUUAAGUCUAGACCAUUUAUUUUCCUUGAAUAUUUUUGACCGUAACUUGGUUACCUACAUACCUAGAUAGAGUUACAUAGAUCUAGACUAGGCGACGGGUUCAGGUACAUCUACUUGAACCGAGACGAACAUACAGGAUGCCCUUGGCAAUAGACACAAUCCUGAUGUUUUGUUGCAAAUAAUACACUCGAAGAACGAUUAUACCCCUGAAAAA